UGGGUGAGACGACCAAUCUGUAUUUCCGCUGCGACCCAAACAGCCGCACUUUUGUUAUUCUAACCUAAAUCAUCUGCUCUUCCUAUAGUCUCGUGCUCGCUCACACCAUGUCUGCAUCUGGGUUUGUGCUGGUGCUCCUCGCGGCUUCUCUGUGUCCCGGAGACUCCAGGUUGAUCAGAGACCCUUUGUCAUUCAUCAAACAGAAAACUCUGACACUGGACAUCUGUUCAGAAUGCAGCCAGAUCAUCCAGCUGUCCGCCAACAUGAUUUCAACCAGGGAUACUAAAGAGACUGUGUAUGAAACCUUGCAUGCUCUCUGCCUGCACCUCCCAAGAGAACAGGCAUCAGAGUGUGAUUCACAAGUGAAGACGUAUCUGCCCAAAGUCCUGCAGCAAACACCUGGUCACCUGAAACCGGCUGAGACCUGUAGGGUUUUUGGACUCUGUGCUGUCCACAAGGAGGAACAACUGCUGAAACUUCCCCAGCAUGCUACUGAUGAAGUCUUAUCCAGCUCUGCACUCGGCACGUUCAUCGGGCCAUCAGAGCAGUUCAAUCCAGUUUGCACCCUGUGUUUGUUUAUCAUGAAGAAACUGGAGACCCUGUUGCCCCAAAACAUGACUGAGGAUGCUUUAAUGAAGCUCAUGGGAGAGGUCUGCAAUCUUGUACCUAAGAGCUAUAAGGACCGAUGUGAUGAUUUCGUCGACAAAUACGGCGUGCAGAUUGUCGAAUUCCUCUUAUCGUCCGCUGCGCCUCACACAAUAUGUAUUCUACUGCACCUCUGUUUGUUCGAGGAGCCUGUUCCAGAGGUGCUCUUCCCCUCGGACUGUGAGUCGUGCCGCACACUGGUUGUGCUGAGCCGACUGCACCUGGGUAAUAACUCCACCGAACCCCAGACUUCCUCUUUUCUUCAGUCUGUGUGUGUCCAUCACCCCAACGCCAUCCCUAAGUGUGAGGCUUUCACUAAAAUCUAUGGCUCCCGAAUGCAGAAGGUUUUGGGAAACCAGAUGGAUGUUCCACAUGCUUGUGAAAGAGCUGAUCUGUGCGUUGCCUUGAGGAAGUUGGAGCCGCUGGGAAAGAAUCGUUGUACUUGGGGACCAAGCUACUGGUGCAAAGACAGAGAAACUGCUCAGAAGUGUGGCAACCAGGCUUUCUGUGAGAAAUACAUGUGGAAGAAUAAUGAGUGAACCAAACUGCAACUCUAAAGAUAUGUGCACACAAAAAACCCCUUUCUUUUUUACAAAUUAUUACACUUAUCAGUUUUAAGUGUUUUCUAAAUGUAAUGCACUGAACAUUUUUGUUUUACUUUUGGGGAAGUGAGUCAUCUCAUAUGCUAAUUCAGUCAGACAUAAAUAGUAAAUAAUGAAAUAUUGUGAUUUGCAUGAAGUGAUGUGCCACAAGACUGGGGCUGGGAUUCAGUCUUAAGCAUCAGUUUCUGUAGCAGGUUCCAGUUUUGUGAAGUGUUAUUCUGUAUAUUACAACAUGUAUGAUGCCAUUAUGAAUGUCAAAAGUGGAGAAAAAUUUUUUUGUUAGCAAUAAGAUGAAUUCUCAGAAUGUACUUAAGACAAUUUUGAACAAUUGACUACUGCAACUCAACUGCAAAGGUGCUUAUCCUAUUAUCUUACUGCCACAUACACACUCCUAAAAUGAAAUUAAACCAAAAGGUUUGUUAUUAAAAGUCAACAGACAGACAAA